AACAAUGUCUUCACCUGCUUCAACUCCCGGAGGUCGAAAACGUGGAAGGAAGUCCAACCCAUCCACACCCAGCAGUCAGGACCCCAUCUCGCCCCCGUCUCAGCGGCGCAGAGGUCAGGACUCCUCCACCGGCGACCUGAUGCCAAUGCCCACCUCUCCGGUCACGGACAUGCUCAGCCCUGCAGGCCCACAGGACACCUCUCUGUUCUCCAGCCCACGGCCAUCAGUUCUGCCAAAUGAAGUGGACAUGAGCUCCCCUCUGAUGUACGGGACCCCCAGCUCCAGGGUUGAAGGGACCCCACGCAGUGGAGUUCGCGGCACACCGGCCAGACAGCGCCCCGAUCUGGGAUCAGCUCGGAAGGCUCCUCAAGUCGAUCUUCAUUCUGACGCACCGAGCGCGGACGGUGCUGCCACCAGCGAGCCGACUGCAGCUCAGAGACUGGUGAUCUGGGGGACUGACGUCAACGUGGGGACCUGUAAGGAGAAGUUCCAGAGGUUUCUGCAGAGGUUCAUUGACUCGGCAUCCACUGAGGAUGAGAACGCUGGUUUGGACCUAAAUGAGCCUUUAUACAUGCAAAAACUGGAAGAGAUCAGUGUUGUGGGCGAUCCUGUUCUGAACGUGAACUGUCAACAUGUGAAAUCCUUUGAUGCAGAACUGUACAGGCAGCUCAUCUGCUACCCACAGGAAGUUAUCCCAACCUUUGACAUGGCGGUCAAUGAGCUUUUCUUCGAGCGCUUCCCUGACUCCGUGCUCGAGUACCAGAUCCAAGUCCGCCCCUACAAUGCCCUGAAAACCAGAAACAUGAGGAGCCUGAACCCAGAAGACAUCGAUCAGCUGAUCACCAUUAGCGGCAUGGUGAUCCGCACCUCGCAGCUCAUCCCCGAGAUGCAGGAGGCGUUCUUCCAGUGCCAGGUGUGCGCCUUCAGUACCCGCGUGGAGGUGGAUCGCGGCCGCAUCGCCGAGCCGGCUGUGUGUCGCCACUGCAACACCACCCACGGCCUGGCGCUCGUUCACAACCGCUCGGCUUUUUCAGACAAACAGAUGGUCAAGAUUCAAGAGUCCCCUGAAGACAUGCCAGCCGGUCAGACGCCCCACACGACUAUUGUGUAUGCACAUAAUGAUCUGGUAGAUAAAGUGCAGCCCGGAGACAGAGUGAACAUCACCGGUAUCUACAGAGCCGUGCCAAUGCGUGUCAACCCCCAUCAGAGCAACGUCAAAUCUGUCUACAAGACCCACAUAGACGUCAUCCACUUCCGCAAGACGGACGAAAAGCGCCUGCACGGUUUGGACGAAGAGGCGGAGCAGAAACUCUUCACCGAGGACCGCGUGCAGACCCUGAAGGAACUGGCAGCCAAGCCGGACGUCUACGAACGCUUGUCCUCUGCCCUUGCACCGAGCAUCUAUGAACACGAGGACAUCAAAAAAGGCAUCUUGCUGCAGCUGUUUGGCGGCACUCGUAAAGACUUCAGCCAGACCGGCCGGGGAAACUUCCGCGCCGAGGUAAACAUCCUCCUCUGCGGUGACCCCGGCACCAGCAAGUCCCAGCUGCUCCAGUACAUCUACAACCUGGUGCCCCGCGGCCAGUACACGUCGGGAAAGGGCUCCAGCGCCGUGGGUCUCACCGCCUACGUCAUGAAGGAUCCGGAGACCAGGCAGCUGGUCCUGCAGACUGGAGCGCUGGUGCUGAGCGACAACGGCAUCUGCUGCAUUGACGAAUUCGACAAGAUGAGCGACAACACGCGCUCCGUGCUGCACGAAGUCAUGGAGCAGCAGACCCUCUCCAUUGCCAAGGCGGGGAUCAUUUGCCAGCUGAACGCCCGCACUGCUGUGCUGGCUGCUGCAAACCCUGUGGAAUCUCAGUGGAACCCCAAAAAGACUACGAUUGAGAACAUUCAGCUGCCUCACACCCUGCUGUCCAGAUUCGACCUCAUCUUCCUGAUGCUGGAUCCCCAGGACGAGGCGUACGACCGCAGACUGGCUCACCACCUGGUGUCCCUGUACUACCAGAGCGAGGAGCAGAUGGAGGAAGAGUUCCUCGACAUGGCCGUGCUGAAGGACUACAUUGCAUACGCGCGGACGUACAUCAGCCCAAGACUGAGCGAGGAAGCCAGCCAGGCCCUCAUCGAGGCCUACGUUGACAUGAGGAAGAUCGGUAGUGGUCAUGGGAUGGUAUCUGCCUACCCCAGACAGCUGGAGUCGCUGAUCCGCUUGGCUGAGGCGCACGCCAAAGUCCGCUUCUCCGAGAAGGUGGAGACCAUCGACGUGGAGGAGGCCAAGCGGCUGCACAGAGAGGCCCUCAAACAGUCAGCCACGGACCCCAGGACAGGAUUUGUUGACAUCUCCAUUCUGACAACAGGCAUGAGCGCCACGGCCCGCAAACGCAAGGAGGAGGUGGCCCAAGCCCUGAAGAAGCUGAUUCAGGCCAAAGGAAAGACACCAGCCAUGAAGUACCAGCAGCUGCUCGAUGACCUCAGGGGACAGUCUGAAACCGCGAUCACUAAGGAGCUGUUUGACGAGGCGCUGCGAGCCCUCGCUGACGAGGACUAUUUGACCGUCACCGGAAAAACCGUUCGUCUGCUCGCUUGA